GGAACCAGAUGUCUGAUAAAGAGAGUGUAGAAGAACUGCCCUCUCACAUCACCAAAGAUUCCUCUUUGUCACAACACAAGCACAUCCAGCUUCUUCUCCAACAGAGGUACCUCAACCAGGCGACAGCUAAUGACCCCAAACAGCUGUCCAGAUACACAGAAUCCGCCACUGCUGCCGCCCAGAAUCUGUUACACGUCAACCCAGAGAGACUGGCAAUGGUAUCAAACAGGAAUGGAGCAGAUAGUGUUUCCUCAACUUCGCACAUUCCCACAAUGCAUCACAGUUCACAACUUCCUGUUAUCGAUGGUCAAAAAUCUCCGAGUCAGGCUCCACAGUUAUUUCUGACACCAAUCCAGAAGCAGCUUCAUGAACAGUUGAGAGAGAAGUCCCAGAAGUUACAACAGGCCAUUCUGCAGCAACAGGAGGAACUCCAACAGAUAACUCGGCAGCUCGCUAUGGCUCAGCAGGGAAUUCUUCCACUCCCUGAGCUCCCCAGUCCAGGUACACCAGUGAUUAUGAAUCCACCUGUAAGAGCAGCUGUGAUAAAUACCACCCCUGUAAACGCAUCAGCAGGGUUCCCCUUACAGACCCCCAUAUCUACGGCCCUGCCCCAGGAGCAGCCCCAGUUCAGUCUGUUUCAGUUGAUGCCCCACGACACGGAGACUGUUUUCUCCUACACAUCAGACUGA